CUUGUUUUUUAAGGAAGUGAGAUUUUUAAAGCAGUAUCAUAUGAGCAGCUGUUGCAGAGGAAAACGUUCAGAUCUGCAGUCUGACAGCAUGAAGGUCCUCGUCCUGCUUGUGUGCCUGUCCGUGGGCUGUCUCGCUCAGAGACCACGACAUUGCAGAUACCCACCACUGAUGAGCGGAAGCCUGUCUGUGUCCACUGCAAGUCAGAAGCUGCUGGCGUUCUCCAAGUACAUCUAUGAUGGACUGGGAGAGCGCAUCCGCUUCAGACAGUUUGGACUCUAUGACAAUAAGACCUACCACCUUGAUGUGCUUCUACUGUACAGAGAGGGUGUUAUGUAUAAAAUAAACAACAAGAACCGCACAUGCACUAAGCAGCGUCUGAGCCCUGACUUCCACCCGCUGGCAGUUCCAAGAAAUGCCACCCUGAUGGGCCAGGUUGUGUUAGGUGCCUCCUCUGGUCCUGGACAGGGAGUCCUGGUCAACAGUUGGUACGGGGAGCAGAAGAUGAAGACGGGAUCAGCCAAGUACUUUACCACUGUCACCGAGUUUGGAUGCAUCCCCGUCAGUACUCUGUAUCACACCAGCAACGGUGACUGGGUGGUCAACAGCUUCUUCAACAAUGUCAUUGGAUUAGUCGAUCCCCAAAAACUCAACCCGCCGUUUUUCUGCAUGAAUGCUGAGCAGGGGGAUGAAGACGAGCCAGUAACAUUUCUCAGCUUGUUUAAAGAAUGAUUUUACAAAUGGUGGUGACAAUGAUGAUGAUGAUUCACUGAACUGCAUUGCUGCCAUUCAUAAACAAGCUUCAUUUGGUUAAAAUUCAUGCUAAUAUUUAAUCAGAGUAUUUUCUUACAUCUUUUACAGUCAUCAGAUUGAGCAGCGUUUCCUCUAAAAUCUAUUUUUAAUCAUGCUGUUUCUCUUUUUUAAUCUUUUCAAAUAAUAGUUUAUCAGUUAAAUUAGUUUUUGAAUGUUUAUGUCAUAAGAAAAUAAAAACAAAUUCAGAAAA